GCGGCAGGCGUUGAAAAGACAAGUGACGACGUGUGAGAGUUGAUUGCUUCGACGCUCACUUCACUUCACUUCACUUCUUGUGUGAAUGCAGGUAGCCGCGACUGACUGCGCACGCACGCACUUCGACUUUUUAUCCAUCUCAUCCUCGACUUCCUCCUCCAAACGCCACACAUUAUUCCACAUUGCGCAUCAAAACACCAAACAUCAUCAUGCCCCCAAAGAAGAAAUCAGCAUGGAUCAGCAAUCGAGAGCUCAAACAGAUGACAGCCAAUGUCGUGGGGCCGCUUCCAGUUCCCACUCUGCAAUAUGACUACGGCGACAAACUCGACCCUCAGUUGUUCUACUCAUGGCAAGGCGAGCAUACCGAGCCGCCUAUUUGGUUCGAGCGCCCGAUCUACAAGAACCCCAAUCUUCAAGCAACCAUCCAACGCUGGCAGGAACAAGUGCCUGUCGAACCAAAGCCCUUUGGCGCAACAUCAAGUCACAUGCAGGCAUCGCUUGUUCGCAAGGGGUCCUCCAACUUCUCGUUCAGUGUGCCUAGGCAUCUUUCUGCCUCGGGUCAGCUCUACUUUCUGCCCCCCAAGCAUGACGAGAAGCUCAUGGGAGAACUGGUUCCUCGCGCAUGGGUACCCCAGGUAUUCGAGCAUGGCCAGAACCUGCAGUCGUUCUGGCAGCAGCAACUGAACGGGCCUCCUAAACCACAGGACGAGUCUGAUUUCGGGGAUCGACGUCCAUUCUGGGAUCGCUAUCUCGUCAAUCACGCUGCAGUCCAGCUCUUCCCGAAGCAGCCAGAGCACGAGAAAUGCGACACAAGCCAAGACACACCCCAAGACAAAGAAGCGCGCGAGAACGACCGUGGUAGCCAGGGCUGGACCAACCAAUACCUCCAAAACCCCAACGGAUUCAUGAUGGCCCGCUUUGCACGAAAGGCUGGUGGCCAGGACAAGGGUAGAAAGCAGCGAGAUGACGAACCACCUAAGGAACCGUCGUUCAUCGGCGAGGAACCCAUGAUCGACAACACCAUCAAGCCUGUACUCAGUCUAUUCAUUCGCAUGGCUGAGCUCUGCGACAUCCCCCAGAUGACGGACAUUUACAACCACUAUGUCCUGAACAGCGUGUGCACUCCGGAAUUGGUGCCCAUCACUAUUGAGAACAUGAAGGCCCGAUGGGAAAGCUCUCGAAGCAACCACCUGCCAUUCCUGGUCGCCUGCUCGCCUAUCGGAUAUGGUGGCAGGAAUCGUUACAAGGAUCGAGCUUGUAUCGACACGGUUCUGGGCUUCGCUUCCGCAGACGAUGUAUGCGGCUCGAGAACGGCAAUGCGCUUUACUGUUGAAGUCGGCAUGUUCGUCAGCGCGGCUCGCAAGUCUACACGCUCAGGUGUCAGCAAAUGCCUCAUGGACAAGCUCCUCGGGCUGUUGGAUCAGUUCUACAUCGAGCGCGGUGGCUACGAAAUCGAUGACAAGAUUGGACUCGGUACUCAACGUCUUGUGUCGCGCAUCAUGAUCAACUUGAUGCACUCGGAACUCGAAGGCAACAAGAAGUGGGUAGCUCCAUAUCUCGAGUCCUGGGGGUUCAAGGAGAAGACCAUGUUGGACGGCUUCAGCUACAAGCUAAACCAAAUCGUGGACAACACCAUCUUUUACAGAACUACUGGACUGGUGAUUGUUCCCACCAACCCACCAAUUCCUCCUCCUGCUGAGUGAAGCACUUACUCCCGAGCUGUACUCAUGCCAUGACUUGCACGUUUUCACGACAAAUUCGAAGAAAGAAAGAGCACGAAGAACCAUACACUACCGAGGACGGCGAAGAAGCAUACACUACCAAGGACGGCGAAGCGCCACAAUACUGCUGGAAAACGACAUGGGAGGGCUAUCUGAUCGCUCUCACGAUAGGAAAGUUCAUCGCUUUGUGUUAUGGCGAAAGGAAUCAGGUAGAUCAAUACCAGGCGAAGAGAUAAUGC